AUGAGUAGACUGAGUGUUUUGGGCGGUGGAGAGGCUUGCGGUGCCCGGUGGACGCUCGGGGCACUGCUGCUAGCUCCUCUUGCCGCUGCUAACUCAAGCUAUUGUGCUGUCCUGGCAAUAAUACUGCUAGCUGCCUUCAUAACAUUAGCCACGUUUACGUCACGAGAUUUAAAGAGUCUGGAUGAACUGCUGCCACCAAAUAAAACUGUGAGGGGUCGGCGUGAGAGGAAUUUGAGAUCGUUUGCAGACUUCAUGGCGUUAUGGAUGUCGUUCUUAUCCCAUCUUGUUGCAGUAGCUGUAUGUGCUAGAAUCCUAAGUGCUACUGCAGAUCACGUUACCGCAGGACGUACAAGACGGUGGUUGUUUGGAUACGAAACAAGAUCAUUGGGUGAACCCUGGCCUGAUGUAUUAGGAGUCACUGUUGUUAUGAUUGUAUGCGCCAUGUUUAUGUGUGGCUUAGAGGAGAGCAUAAUGUUCACGUUUAUGCUAUUGGUGGUGCUAUAUAUCUUCAGCCAGUGCUUCGCAAUAUUUGGUUUGAUGAAUUUAGAUAUAACAAAUAUAAAAAUGCCCAUACCAAUAACUGUUUACGAGUUGUUUACAGCAGCUGCGCCUAUUUCCUAUGCUUUUGCCGUGGUUUUACCACCAAAGGAAGACGAGAGUUUAAAGAAGAAGAUUGUUGUAAUGAUUGUUUUACCUACAUUAUCAUUAGCCACUCUGUGUUUCCUUUACACAAAUAUGCUGAAGGGAACGACUAUUGACGCUGCGUUACCUGUAACAACUUUAUUAGAGGCUAGAGCUGCGGGAUGGAUUUGUCCUGUAUUAGCUGCCAUAACAGUAGCAGGGAUUUGUCUGGCUUUGACGGAACUCUGUCCGUUAUUGUUUAACGUACUAGUAACACUGGCAUCACCAGAAUGGAAAGUUCUCACGAGAUCCAUGACUUAUGAGAGUACUACAACAGGCAGUCCGGUCCUGGCAGUAUUUACUGCAGGAAGUCUUGCAGCAAUUCUAGCAUUUGCUUGUCCCUUGUCACAUAUGAUAACACUGAUGAAUGCCAGUCACUUACUUGGCAUUACAAUCCAGGCGUUUCAUUUUAUCGUAUUGCGAUGUGUGCCCACGGCCGAACAAAUGGAAGCUGGAGAUAUAGAAUACAAACGUCUCGGGAAUGAAACUACUGCACGUACAGCGAAAUGUUCUGAGAAAAAAGCAAAACGAGGUCUAUGGUUCAUACCGUCAGCUAUUCGUCAUACAAAAACCCUUGAAAGCAUAAAAUCUAAAGUCGGCAAAGAUCCAGAUGAUCGUGAAUGCCUUCUCCUAGACGAGUAUACAGGGUGUCCUACGGAGGAAAUAGAUCACGUGACCAGCGGCAGCAGCGGUACAAGAGUCAUCGCUCUGGCUGAAGAAGAAGACGUACAGUCUGAUAUAGAUGGCAGCGAUGCUGAAACCUCAGGAGAUGACUCCACUGAUAUCGAUGCGAUUGUUAAGGAAUACAGAGACAGAAUACAGGUAGUAACAGCAAUCCCAGAAGCUACUGUCCCUACACCACCCUGUAUUCGUGGAGCUAAGUGGUCAGCCGUAGGAGCAGCGGUACAAGUGAUAUCCGACGCUUUGAUAGCCAUCGGUUCCUGUAAAGAAAACCUGCGUAUACCCAUGUUCGCUAUUGGAGUGCCGUUAUGGUUAUGUGGGCUGUUGAUCAUAGCGUGGCAGCCGUCUCACAACAUAGGCAUCAAACGGCUCCAGACUAUACAAGCACCGCUCACAUUGAUAAUAUCUGUUUUACUACUGACUCCGUUACUCGUCAGUUCCUGGCCAGCUAUAAUACUCUUUGCGGGAGCAGGCGUAGUGAUAUACGCGCGAUGCGAGCGUUGGUGCGGAGACUUGGCCGUUCAUCAUGCACGUGGAGCCAUCGAGAAAAGACGAAGACAUGCUCCCUCAGCCAGACUCACCCACGUUGACACCGUUUAUAUAGCCAGAUGA